AUGCCGUUCGGAGGACUUGCAGGGCUGAAGGAGAAGGUGCUGAAGCCGGGGAAGGAGGAGAUGAAGUAUGCAGUGAGCGACUCUCUGGGGAACCUGCAGAGAAAGAUUGAUGGCACCAAUGUGGAUGAGACGGCGCCGAUAGAGCUAACAGAAGAUGGUAGGCCUGUGUCGGCUUCUCACCACAGCCCACCACUGCUAGACUGUGGCUGCUUUGGCCUGCCCAAGCGCUACAUCAUUGCCGUUCUCAGUGGCCUGGGUUUCUGUAUAUCAUUUGGUAUCCGCUGCAAUCUUGGGGUAGCCAUUGUGGAAAUGGUUAACAACAACACAGUGUACAUCAAUGGGACUGCUGUGAUACAGCCUGCCCAGUUUAACUGGGACCCUGAGACAGUGGGGUUGAUACAUGGCUCAUUUUUCUGGGGAUACAUUGUUACUCAAAUCCCUGGAGGCUUCAUUUCCAACAAGCUAGCAGCGAACAGGGUGUUUGGAGCUGCCAUUUUCUUAACUUCAGUUUUAAACAUGUUCAUCCCGUCAGCAGCGAGGGUCCACUAUGGCUGUGUCAUGUUCGUGCGAAUCUUGCAGGGGCUGGUAGAGGGAGUCACCUAUCCAGCUUGCCAUGGAAUGUGGAGCAAAUGGGCGCCUCCGCUUGAAAGAAGUCGCCUGGCGACCACGUCAUUUUGUGGCUCAUAUGCAGGUGCUGUGAUUGCCAUGCCGCUGGCAGGAGUGCUAGUGCAAUAUGUAGGCUGGCCCUCAGUUUUCUACAUCUAUGGUGUUUUUGGAAUCAUAUGGUAUAUUUUCUGGCUACUGCUUGCUUAUGAAAGCCCAGCUGUGCACCCUACUAUUAGCGAAGAAGAGAGAACAUACAUCGAGACCACAAUUGGAGAAGGGGCCAACUUAAUGAGUGUGACUGAGAAAUUCAACACUCCAUGGCGACAGUUCUUCACAUCUAUGCCAGUCUAUGCCAUUAUUGUAGCCAACUUUUGCCGCAGUUGGACCUUCUAUCUCCUGCUUAUCAGCCAGCCAGCUUACUUUGAGGAGGUUUUUGGUUUCCCCAUCAGCAAGGUGGGCAUUUUGUCAGCUCUGCCCCACAUGGUGAUGACCAUCAUCGUGCCAAUCGGAGGGCAGCUUGCAGACUUUUUGAGGAGCCAUAAAAUCCUGUCAACCACAACCGUGCGCAAGAUCAUGAACUGCGGAGGAUUUGGGAUGGAAGCCACAUUGCUGCUGGUGGUGGGAUUCUCACAUACACGUGGAGUAGCCAUCUCAUUUCUUGUCCUUGCAGUGGGUUUCAGUGGCUUUGCCAUAUCAGGUUUCAACGUGAACCACCUUGACAUUGCUCCUCGUUAUGCCAGUAUCCUGAUGGGAAUCUCCAAUGGCGUGGGCACACUGUCUGGUAUGGUGUGUCCUCUCAUUGUUGGAGCACUGACCAAACACAAAACCCGUCGAGAAUGGCAGAAUGUGUUCAUGAUUGCUGCCAUGGUCCAUUAUUGCGGUGUGAUCUUUUAUGCCAUCUUUGCAUCGGGUGAAAAACAAGACUGGGCUGACCCCGAGAGCACUAGCGAAGAGAAGUGCGGCAUCAUCGAAGAAGACGAACUUGCUCAGGAGGUGGAUCACAGCUACGAUAGCUCCUUCACGACCAGCAAGAUAAAGUCUUAUGGAGCCACCACAGAGAACUCAGCUGGCUGCAAAAAGGGCUGGAAAAAGAAAAGAGACAUGACCAUGGAGAAGGAAGAUGAAACAGGACAAACACAUUAUGAGAAUGGGGACUAUCAGGAGGAUUAUCAAUGA